UUUUGGUCACAGCCACCUCGUGUGGCUGUUAGGUUAAUUAAAACAGAUUAAAACUCAUCCAAUCCCACGAACACAAGACUCUUUGAAGAAAAUGAGAGAUAUGAGGAUUCUUGUUAUUGCUCAAGCAAUUUGUAUCCUUGCUUGUGCUGUUUAAUCGUCCAAUUCCAACGAUUCGACUACAACUUCUCAUAGCUUACGAAGGUGGAGAAAAUACACGAUAUCACUCAUAGCUUCACUCCUAAUACACCGGCGGGCACUUACCCUAACGGAAUUGGCAAGUUUCUCACCCUUUUGAGGAGCAUGAAGAAUGGCUCCGACUACAACUUCUCCGAGUUGAAGCUGCCCCUUCACGCCGGAACUCACGUCGACGCGCCAGGCCAUUUCUACGACAACUACUUUGAUCAAGGGUUUGAUGUCGAUACCCUUGACCUCAGAGUACUCAAUGGUCCUGUGUUGCUUGUAGAUGUUCCCAGAGACAAGAAUAUUACUGCUCAAGUAAUGAAGUCCUUACACAUUCCCAAGGGUGUGAAAAGAGUACUAUUCAGGACACUAAAUACAGAUAGGCGCCUAAUGUACAAAAAGGAAUUUGAUUCGAGUUUCGUUGGAUUCACGAAAGAUGGAGCACAGUGGCUUGUAGAUAACACUGAUGUUAAACUUGUGGGAACUGAUUACUUGUCUGUUGGUGCUUUCGAUUAUGCAACCGCUGCUCAUCUUGUUUUUCUUAAAAGCAAGGAAAUCAUCCUAGUUGAAGGGCUAAAACUUGAUGAUGUUCAAGCUGGAAUAUACUCUGUACAUUGCUUGCCUUUGAGAUUGGUUGGUUCUGAGGGUUCACCCAUUAGAUGUAUUCUGAUGUAAGUGACGCACACGUCUCGUAAACUGAUGACGUGUGAUUAGGUUGUUGACGUAUAUACUAAACGAUGUUGUUUUGGUCGAAGAAAUAAAAUAAUUCUCCAAACACCGUGAAGCAGCACA